AUGAACUUCAAACUGCUCUCCCUUGGAGAGGCACCUUUUAUAAAAAUGACAAAUGCCAAGUGCCAGUCGUACAACAAAUCGUGGGUUGAGAUUCACUAUUGCCGCCUGAAGGCCUACUCCCGGAACAAGACUAGUUUGAAUGUGAAUUUAACAGUUCUGGAAACGGCAAAUAACAUCCACCUGCGACUCAAAUUGAUGAAGAGGGCCAACGGGUACAAGCCGUUUCUCUGGGACUACACCUUUGAUGCCUGCGAGUUCAUGAGGAAACGAAAUCAGCCGGUUGCCAAGAUAUUCUGGAAUAUGAUCAAGGAGGUGUCCACAGUGAAUCACACCUGUCCUUAUGUGGGAUUGCAGAGCUUAAACGAUUUCCACCGGCCUGAAAUUCCCGUUCCAAUGCCAUCUGGGGAAUACCUUCUUCUGUUGAAUUGGAUAUUUGAUGCCAAGCCGCAGUUUGCAACAAAUGUCUACUUCACCCUUGUGGAGGACCCUUAG